AUGCCUGCCCUUUCACCGACCAUGACCGAGGGCAACAUUGCGAGCUGGAAGAUCAAGGAGGGAGACUCUUUCUCCGCCGGCGACGUGCUGCUCGAGAUCGAGACGGACAAGGCGCAGAUGGACGUCGAAGCGCAGGAUGACGGUAUCCUGGCCAAGAUCACUGUCCAAGACGGUUCCAAAGCAGUCCAGGUCGGCACACGGAUAGCCGUCACAGCAGAGCCCGGCGACGACCUGUCCACCCUCGAGAUACCCGCAGAAGAGAGCCCCGCGCCCAAGAAAGAGGCCGAAGCGCCCAAGGAGUCCAAGAAAGAGCCUGCGUCGGUACCAAAGGAGGAGCGAACUUCUGCCCCGCCUGCCAAAUCCGAUGCCUCGAAGAAAGCCUCCAGCGGCAAGGCCUCCAAGCAAACCUACCCGCUAUACCCCUCCGUACAACACUUGCUCGAAGUCAACGGUCUGCCAAAGGAGGAGGCUGAUAAGAUCCCCGCGACUGGUCCUGGCGGCAGGCUGCUCAAGGGAGACGUACUCGCCUACGUUGGACAAAUCGAGAACUCCUACCCUUCGGAGCUGGCGAGUCGCUUCACCAAGCUGUCGCACCUCGACCUCUCCAACAUCAAGCCCAUGCCCAAGAAAGAAGCAUCAAAGAAGCCAGCAGCCAAAGCACCAGCGGUUGUCGAAGACUUCCCUAUCGAGGUAGCACUACCCGUCUCCCUCACCGCAGUAAUGGAGUGCCAGAAGCGCGUCAAGGACUCAAUAGGCGUCUUCCUUCCUCUAUCCACAUUCGUCGCGCGCGCCGCCGAGCUCGCCAACGAAGACCUCCCCCGAUCCAAGGUCGCAAAGCCAACCGCCGACGAGCUAUUCAACGCUGUUCUGGGCCUCGACAAGGUAUCAUCGAAGUACUCGCGGGGCAACUUCGUCCCAGAAGUCACCGCGCUGCCACCUACCACCAUCCCCAGCAAGCGCGCCCCAGCACCAAAGUCGGACAUCCUCGACAUGCUAGCCGGCAAGAAGACCUCCGCUAAGCCUGUUUCGGGCGCAGCAGGUGUCGCGGGUCCCCUCAAUGUAUUCAGUGUGAGCGUGCCCAAGGGCGACGAGAAGCGCGGUCGUGUUUUCCUCGAGCGCGUAAAGACGGUGCUUGAGGCCGAGCCAGGGCGAUUGGUCGUUUAG